UCAGGAUUCUGUAUGUAGAGUUGUUUAGGCCAUGGUGUAAAUAUAUUAUUUUGUCAUUGAUCUACCUUAAAGUAUGUUUCAAAGUCAAAUGUGGUCUCAGCUCUUUCUGUUAGCCUCUAGACUCCAAAUGAGUAAAAGAGAUGGAGUUAAAGUUACUGCUUCCUUCACCUCACUUCACUCUGUUAUCAAUGCAUGUAGUAAAUAAAAAGAAAUUCCUCAAAUAGAGUAAGAAUAACCAGAAAAGGUUUCAGGAAGAGCUACGUAUUAAUCUUGUAACACUAAAGUAUGUUAGAGCAUAAUCUGCUCUUUAAGAACAUGGAGAUUAUUUUGUGAAAUGAAGCCUACUUUGAUAGGAAUCGUUGAAGAGACAGUGCCAUGUUCUUAAUGCAGAUAAAGAAUGACAUAGUAUGAUGGUUUGCUUCAGAAAAGAACGUCAUUACAAAAACUGAAGAUGUGCAAUGUAGAAACUCACUAAAAAAGUAAGCAGUGCUGCAUGAUGACAGUAAAGUCAAACCAGCUCUCUUGUAAUGUUAUUUGUGACUUGCAGCUGCACCGACGUGAAUCCAGCUGCAGCUCAGUGCACAGCCAGAACCGCCUGCUGUAACCGGGUCGCCCUGCAGCCCGUCAUCACAGACCUGGUGCAGAAUCUUUUGCCAAGGCUUAGUGGGAAGGUGGACGUCGUCCUCUUCAAUCCUCCAUAUGUGGUCACUCCAUCAGAAGAGGUGGGCAGCAGAGGUGUAGAGGCGGCCUGGGCCGGAGGAGAGCGAGGCAGACGGGUCACCGACAGGUUCCUCCCUCUGGUUCCUCAGCUGCUCUGUAAAGGCCUGUUUUACCUCGUCACCAUCGCCGAGAACAAGCCAGGUCAGUAGAAUAGCUUAUGAUGCAAAAAGUAAUCCUAAUGAGAAACU